AUGGAGGCAAGCGAAGGAGACAGACCGGGCGAAAGGUCCUUGGAGGCUGGCGAAGAAGAGAAGCCCAGCGCAUCGACGGAGGUGGGGGAAGAUGAGGUCAGCGAAGAGGAGAAACUGAGCGCAUCGACGGAGGCUGGCGAAGAAGAGAAGCCCAGCGCACGGAAGGAGACAGGCGAUGACGAGAGGCCGAACGUGGUUUUGGAGUCGAGCGAAGAAGACAAGCCAAACGAGUUGGAUGAAGCAAGUGAAGGGGAGAAGACAAGCGAAUCGAAGGAAGAGCCAGUCCAGGAGCAUACGGUGACCGAUGAUGAAGAAGAGUCAAACGCGUUGCUGGAGCCAAGCGGUGAGAUGAGGGUAAGCGAAUCGACGGAGCAGCAGACAGCAAUCGAUGAUGAUGAUGAAGAAGAAGAAGGAAAGGUGGCGGUGCAGUCAGGCGAAGAAGAGAAGUCCAUAGAGUCAAGCGAUGACGCUGAAGGCGACGAGGAAGACAACGAGGCCGGCGAAGUGGACACGGAAGAGAUUCUGGCCGAGAAGGAGAGCAGCGAUUUAAUCAACCAUGAUUCGGACUCGUCAGAAGAAGAUGACGGCGAUGGAGAAGCGGGCGAGCCUGGAGACGGGGUGGAUGCUCGGACCCGACCGCGAGGAGAGGCGAGGAUCAUGACCCUUAAGGGUCCCGACACAGCUGCGCCGGCCGUCGUGCUCAACCUCCUCGAGGGUUCGAGUGAUGGGCGGGGUCGCAGUCGCGCCAUGACGCCCGAGUACAAGGCCCUGAGCGCCCGGACGCUCAUGGACAUGAACGCUGAGGACCGGGGCCUGGUGCGACAGCGCGAGACGGGCUUCCAGGUACCGCCGCUGCGGCGCGCCCUGGACGACAGCGGCGUGGGCCGGCGGCUCUCGCUCAGGGAGAUCGAGAAGGCCAACGAGAAGGCCACCGAGAAGAAGGCGCGACUCGGCUUCGGACGGAGGAACAAGGACAAGUCGCCGGCCAACGCGCUCUCGCCUCGUUCGAAGAGCCUGGGGAAGGACGAACACAUCGAGGACGGCGUGCUGUACUUCUCCGACGCCUCGUGCCUCAGCCCGUCCUACGCCCUGAACAUGACCCUGGCCGGCCGACUCUGGCCUACUUGCCUGCACUACUACCUGGCAAACAAGGUCUCGUCGGACUCGCCCACAUCCAAGAAGCUGCAUUCCGCCUCGAGCGGCAAGGACCUCAAGAAGUUCGAUGCUUCCAUCAAGCCCGAGGAGAUCCAGAAAGAAUGGCUCGACUCUCGUUUCGAGGUAAUGAGGGAAGUCAACCUGUUCAAGUUCGGCAGCAACGAGACCCUGUGCAAGAAGCUGCUCAACACAGGCGGCCUGCAUCUGGUGUACAAGGAGGCCGACAAGUACCUGGGCAACGGCGAAAAGAACAAGAACCGGGUCGGCUCGGGCGAGAACAUGAUGGGCGAGGCGCUCCUGUGGGUGCGCGGCGAGCUGGUCCGCAGGAAGGAGGCGCACCUGCCCAUGCUCGAGGUCAUACAGCCCGAGAAGAUCAUCCCUCUGCCGCUCCCGCAGCGGCCGCAGCAGGUGCUGACGCCGCGAGCGGCCCUACAGUCGUCGGCGCCGGCCGCCAAGACUGGCAAGGGCGGGCUCAAGCUCUUCAAGAAGGACAAGGAGAAGGUGGAGGAGAAGAAGGACAAAGAGGAGAAAAAGGAAAUGAAGGAAUUGAAGGAGAAGGAGAAGAAGGAGAAGAAGGAGAGGGAGAGGAAGGAGAAGCAGGAGAAGAAGGAGAACAAGAAGAAGGAAGAUGUAAAGAAGAAGGAGGACAAAAAGAGCAAGAAGGAGAAUCAAGACAAGGUCAUCAAGCCCCUACCAACACCACCGGCGGCGUCUACACCAGUAGAACCGGAGGUCAAGGUCAGCGUGCUAGCCGAAGUUGCCGAGCCGGCCGGGCCUCGCCUGGCGGCGCCCGUUCGAAGCGGCGGCCCACCGCGCAGGCCACCGCAACGCGGCCAUCACAAAAAGGUGCCAAACGUCGCGGCCACAUCCCAGUUCCUGGAGGAAGCCGAACAGGCUACGCCGAUGGAGGAGGAGCCAGCCGGCCUUGUAACUUCUCCCGGCCAGCAGCUCCCGGCCCGCGGCUUCUGA